CUUGAACUCGUGCCUCGUGUUCCUGCCCUUUCCCAAUUACCAUAACCUCCCAUUUUUUUGAGCAGACUUCUCAUUAACGUCGUGCAUCCGUUUUUGGACGUAGCUUUCCCUCUGUGUGCGUUCUUUUCUUUUCGCAAUUCAUGCGAUUUACUGAAAGGAUCUUAGUAUUCUGAGUUUUGGGAUUUUGAACUUCGCUACGCGAGCUCUCUUGUUUCUAUAAUGAGUUCUGGUGCCCCCGGCCCGGGUGAGCCGGUUGUGGAGCAAACUGUAACCAUUCUCCCUAAUAAGCCGUCAUCUUCGUCCUCGGCUUCAAAGCCCGUUGUUGUUAAGGACAGUCAUGUCGUUGUUCCUCCGAAUAAGCCCGUGACUUCAGGUGUUCCUGUUCAAACAGUUCCUGCUACAAGCCCUGCUUCGGGCACUCCUUCUAAGACGCCAGCUACACAAACUGGUUCUUCAGCAGCAGCUUCGACUUCUUCUCCUCCUGUAACGACAUCUGCGGAUUCUAUACCGACACCUUCUUCAAGCCCCAGUGACAACAAGGAUGGGAAGAUGGUCGACAUGCCUGAGACAGAGUCCCUAGCUUCAGCGGUUGAACGCCAUCGCAUUCGUUUGGAGAAAACAUUCAUGGGCUGGCGCAGCUUCCAUAAUAACUCAAAAGAAGCAAUGCGUAAGUACUUGCUAGAUGCGAAAGAAAUGUUUGAUUUGGAUUCCGCUCGUGUAGCACCGACAGUCUUGGAUAUGUACCUUCCCGGAAAGUUAAACGGUGAAUGGUGGCAGAACGCGGUUCUGCUUGCCGUUGUUGGUGUGCUCAGUUGGAUCGUUUCUAAGUUAUGGUUUCGCUGGAUUUUCCUGUUCAUUAUCAUCGUCCUCUCUACGUUGGCUUUCGGUUCUAAUAUGAUCGCAAUGCGCAGAACCAUUCGUGACGCAGUUAUCAAGGGUCUCUCAAAGCCCAAAGAGAAACUUGACUUUGAGAGUAUUGAUUGGUUGAAUGUACUCGUUCAACGUAUAUGGGUGAUGAAUGAACCUAUGAUUUCUCAAACCAUUUCGACCAAUGUUGAGAAUCAGGUUUCAGCAAUGCUUCCCUCUUUUAUUUCUGAACUUUCCUUUUCUACAUUUACCUUAGGUUCUAAAUCUCCCCGCAUCGAUGGUAUUUGUUCCCAUAAUCUUACUGCCAGCGAUGUCGUGGUUAUUGAUGUCAAGUUCUCUUUUGCACCCAAUGAUUCUUUAGAUAUUUCUGGUGAUUCAAUCGGCUUCCGUGUUAACCCCAAAUUAACUUUAAAGGCGAAGAUAGCCUUGGGAAAACUCUCAUUCUCUAUCCCCAUUACUGUUCAAGACAUUUCAAUCUCUGGAGUUUUGCGUUUACGCUUCAAGCUUUCCUCUGAGUUCCCAUUCAUCAAUGUGCUUUCAGCAUCCAUGUUGGAUAUGCCUGAAAUUUAUUAUGUCGUUCGUCCUAUUGAUCUCCCUUUUCUUGAUGCAGAUGUUAGCUACAUUCCUGGAUUAAAUCAAUUAAUUAUGGAGCAAGCCCGGAAAGUCAUUGCCCCCAUGGCUUUCUGGCCCAAUAUGUUCGAUGUGAAUUUGGCAUCUGCAAUGGCCGGUGUUUAUCCUGGAACGGCUCUUGGUGUUGUUACUGUUUCUCUUUAUAGUGCUCGUCUUAAGGUUGAGGAUCCCGCUAUUCGUCCAUCCACUUUUGCAACAGUGUCUGUUGGUAAACAAGAAUAUGGAAGAACUGCAGUUGUUAAUAGCUCCUUUUCACCAUCUUUUGAUACAACCAUUUAUGCCGUUAUUUUCUCCUUAAAUGAUCCUCUCCGUGUUGAUCUUUACAAUGUGGAAAAUGGAAGAGAGGUCUUGUAUGGUACCGCAUACCUGGAUGUUCGUUCUUUAUAUGUCAAUGGUCCUACUGAGGGUCAAGAUUAUAUUCUGUUUUACAAUGCUAUUAAUCGUGGAUCUAUCGGCUUUGAUGCCAACUGUUCCCCUUCCCUGUUUCCCAAAAAGCAGCUGGAUGGAAACACUGUUGCUCCCCCUGAAACUUCAACAGGUAUUUUGAACUUCACUGUUCUUGGUGGUCGCGGUUUUAACGAGCUCGCUGUUUUCGAAAAGAAGUCGAAUCUGGUUUUCACCACAUACAUCAACGGAAAGAAACUUGACUCAUAUAAACUUAAGCCUACUGACAAUCCGUCGGUUAAUUUGUCCUCCGUUGUUUACGUACCGAGUCGUGCUAAAUCCAUCUUCGCUGUAGAGGUUCACGAUAGUAAGCACGAAGACAAACCUUUGGGCGUUAUUAAAGGCAGCUGCGACAAAUUGAUCAAGAAAGAGCGGGAUACUGUCAUGUUCGAAGGUUUCAAGAAUUCUGGUGUUUCUCUCUCUGCCUCCUGGAUUCCGGUCAACGUUGUCGAGCGUAAGAAUGUGAAAAAUGUCUUUGAAAAGGUCAUCGGUGUGCUUCGUAUCAACUUUCUGGAAGCUAAAAACCUGAAGAAUGUUGAACUUCCUGGAAAGAAGAGUGACCCAUACUGUCGUGUUCUUGAGAAAUCAUUAAUCCUUGGUAAAACUGUCUACAUUCCUAAUGACCUUAAUCCCGUUUGGGAUGAAAUUCUCUAUGUACCUAUUGUCGAGGGCGGCGAGGUGCUUGAUAUUGAAGUCAUGGAUCAUGAAGAUAACAAUGAUGAUCGCUCACUUGGUUUCGUUAAAUUGGAUACGAGAAAAUAUAUUCAAAAAGCAAUGGCUCUGACCGAGGAGGAACGCGUUAAUACGCUUUUUGGUUCUGAUGAGUUUGAAACCUUGAACUUAGUUUCUCGUAAGGACAACACUACUAUGCGCGGCACUGUAACUUUGAACUGUGAUUAUCGUCCCAUCGUUGACUUGAAAAAGAACCCAUCUUCUGAAAGCAACACCGAUCUUUCACGGACUGUCUCCAUGGCUCCCUCUUCGGCCUCUACCGCUGCACCAAGUCUCUCUAAUACAAGUGGAGCACGUACUACAGCUGCGUCUGAAAUUGUCCACGGUGAUACAAUAACUUAUCCUUCUGGUUUGGCUACCUUAACGAUUAUGUCAACUGAUCUGCAAUCCAAAAACCUUGAACUCUGUAUUUACGUUGAUGAUUCACCUUAUCCUUUUGUUUCAAUGAACACUGCUCGUCGCGCGUCCUCUACGAACUCUACCUUUGGUAUAUCAAUGAUUCGUGAUCUUUCAACUGCUGAACUCUUUUUUAUUGUCAGAGACGGUUCCAAACGCAAUAGUGCUCCUUUAGCCGAAUUCUCGAAACCAGCGAGAGAAAUUUUAGGAUCUGCUAUCGGUCGCCCUUGCACUGUGAACAUUCCCUCUGGCCAAGCAAAACCGCAUAGAGUAAGAUUUUCGAUGCGUUACAUCCCUUGUCUUUUUACUUUAAAUCCUUCAGAGACGAUAAAGAAUAAUGGCUUACUUUAUGUUAAUUUGAAACGUGGAACCGACCUCCCCAUUGCUGAUCGCAAAUCUUCGGAUCCCUACACGAUUUUCCAAAUGAACGGCAACCAAGUUUACAAGAGUGCCACCAUUAAAAAGAACCUGAAUCCUAUCUGGAAUGAAAAAUUUGAUACACCUGUACAUAAUCGUCUUGGUUCUGUGUUCAAACUAAUUUGCUAUGACUAUGAUGUUGGUGGAAAGGAUGAUCUUCUUGGAAAAGCACUCGUUGACAUUGCUGACCUUGUUAUUGACGAGGAGGUUGACUUAGUUCUUCCUCUCGACGGUGAAACGGGAAGCAUUGAACUUUCUAUUCGUUUUGAGCCCAAAUGGGUACGUCGGUCCAUUGAACAACGUGAGUCUAUCGUUUCUUCGGCAGCCCAUCUUGGUGUAAAUCUUAUUAAAGGCGGAUUUGGACUUGCUGCUGGAGGUGUUUCCGCUAUCGGCGGUGCUGCACUCUCUGGUGCUGGUGCCAUUGGAAGUCGUGCGGUUUCUGGUGCGACCAACUUGACCAACGGCGUUAAUCAGGUCGGUAGCAAGGCCCUCCACGGUUUCAAAGACGUUGGUAAAGGUGUUGGCAAGGGUGUUAUGGCUAUUGGCGAUGGAAUCUUCCAUCGGAAAAAAAGUAAGCGACAAGUCAAUAGUGCAGCUUCUCAUAGGACGGAUGCCACUACGUCAACUCAGGCCAACUCUGUUUCGAAUUCUUCUGCCCCGCAAUCUCCAGUAGUAAAGGAUGUUGCGAAUAAGGUUACAACUCAACGUUAUGUGUUUACUAUUACUCGUGGUUCAAACUUCCCUUCCAAGCCUAUUCGUUUUAUUGUAACUGAUGGAUUUGGUGAGUUGUAUAAAUCGAAAAUUAAGAAGGGGCCUUCUCCAGAAUGGAACGAAACGGUCUCUCUUAAUUUGAUUCCUAAUGUUAAAAUUGCUGUGCAAUUUGUUACGCACGCACUCAUGUCGCGCAAUUCCAUUGGCGAAGUUUCUCUCUCAGAAAAUAUGCUUGGCGAAACCACAUUGACAGUCGGCGAUGCUACUGUUCUCGUUUCAGCCAAGCUGCAAUAAGUCUCUUGAUUUUUUUUCUGUUAAUAGUUAGCAACAAACUAUACAGUAUUACACUCUUUUAAGCUGCCUCAACGGCAUUAUACUCGCGUUGUCUAUAUUCUAAUAAAUAAGAUAUAUAACUCGAUUUUAUACAGUGCAAACGAGGUAUCACCCGCCCUUUGUAAGAUUCUUAUAAUUAAUUA